AUGAGUUCAGCUACUGGGUUUCGUAUUCUGUCUGAGGUAUUAUCAGAUUUAAUGGGAGAAGAUGUUGUCGAAAAAUUACAAGGAAUUCUCUAUCAAAAACAAUUGAAAGUUAAAAUUACAGUUUUAAUGAUACAAACCAUACCCGAUCCAUCAGCUCUGCCAUCAGAUGCUACUGAAAUAAUUAUCAAUACUGAAUGGAGUGCUCUUGGUCGGUAUAUGUACAUAAUUUCAUUUUCUCCUAUUAAACUUGUUUGUCUGGGCGAACGAGGUUGUCUUGACAUAUUGAUUACUAAUUUCGAUCGCGAAAUACAUAAAAUGUCAAAUAAUCUAGGCAUACAUAUAUUUGAAAAACUCAUAUCGGGCAUGUAUAUGGGUCGUUUAGCUGCCGAAGUUUUAGCUGCUCUCAUAAAUCAAGGUAUUAUUUUAAAACCUCAACGUGAUCAUAAACAAUCCUAUCGUUAUUAUGCACCAUUUCAUGCACUUCAUAUGUUACAAAGCAAUUAG